UGCUUUUUUAUGAAUUUUGUCUUGCUGCUUUUUGUUCUAUGUUGCUCUGUCUGUAUGCUACGUCUUGCUUGUCCUAUGUUGCUAUGUCUGUAUGCUAUGUCUUGUUCUAUGUUGCUAUUGUCUAUAUUGUAAUUGUUUUUAAUAACCUGCCCAGGGACUGCGGUUGAAAAUUAGCCGGCUGGCUAAAACCGGCACUUUUACUGAAACGUUGAUUAAUGUGCACUGUCCCUGUAAAAAUAAACUCAAACUCAAUCAGUUGGUUAAGAUAAUGGAGAUGACUCAAGUAAAACGAUUCCAUGCUGACUGUCAGCCAGGCCUAGUCUAAACGGAACCAGUAGUGGUCUCUCUUGCCUUCUUUGAUUGGCAAAGUCAUGAGACGCCCCCUAAUAUUGACCAAUAGGAGGACAUCGGGGAGGUCUCCUGUAGUUUUAGAUUUCAGUUAGGGGGACAAACAGAGUGGCUAUUUAGCUACAGCAAGUAGAGUAGUGUCAUCUUUAGAUCGCUGAACAGAAGACGCAGCACUCAGACAUACAGUAAAUGCAGGAUAGACAUCACAUAGGCUGUCUUUAAUAUUCGGUUCUGUAGUGUGUAGCCUAGAUGACACCUCAGGGACUACAAAAGGGAGUUAAGAAGCCCUUCACUGAGGUCAUUAAAGCCAACAUUGGUGACGCACAUGCCAUGGGCCAGAAACCAAUCACAUUUUUCAGACAGGUUAUAGCGCUGUGCGUUUACCCGGAUCUCUUAGAAGACAAAAAGUUUCCAGAGGACGCUAAAAACCGAGCACGGCGCAUCCUUCAGGCCUGUGGAGGGGGUAGUUUAGGUGCAUACAGUGCUAGUUCAGGCAUUGAGGUCAUACGACAAGAUGUUGCUAAAUACAUUGAGAAGCGGGACGGUGGAAUUCCCAGUAACCCUGACAACAUCUACCUCUCUUCUGGGGCCAGUGAUGCCAUAGCGACCAUGCUGAAGUUGUUGACGUCAGGCGAGGGGAAGACCCGUACAGGGGUGAUGAUCUCCAUCCCUCAGUACCCCCUCUACUCUGCUGCUCUUGCUGAGCUGGCGGCUGUCCAGAUCAGCUACUACCUGGAUGAGGACAAGUGCUGGAGCCUGGACGUCAAUGAGCUGAGGAGGGCUGUGAAGGCAGCCAGGGAGCACUGUAACCCCCGCGCCCUCUGUAUUAUCAACCCUGGCAACCCCACAGGUCAAGUCCAGAGCAGGCAGUGCAUUGAAGAUGUGAUCCGAUUCGCUGCUGAGGAGCACCUUUUCCUGAUGGCUGAUGAGGUUUACCAGGAUAAUGUGUACAUGGAGGGUUGCCAGUUCCACUCCUUUAAGAAGGUUCUGUUUGAGAUGGGAUCUGAGUACUCCAGUGUUGUGGAGCUGGCCUCCUUCCAUUCCACCUCCAAAUGCUACAUGGGAGAGUGUGGUUUCAGGGGAGGGUACAUGGAGGUGAUUAACAUGGACCCUGAGGUAAAGUUGCAGCUGACUAAGCUGGUGUCUGUGCGGCUGUGCCCCUCCAUCCCUGGGCAGGCCCUGCUGGACCUGGUAGUCAACCACCCCCAGCCUGACGAACCUUCCUACGCCACCUUCAUCAAGGAGCGUACUGCCAACCUGCAUAUCCUGUCUGAGAAGGCCAAGAUGACAGAGCAGGUCCUCAACACGGUCCCAGGGAUCCACUGUAACCCUGUCCAGGGAGCCAUGUACACCUUCCCCCGCCUCACACUGCCAGAAAAAGCCAUCAACGCGGCCAAGGAAAAGGAACAGGCUCCAGACAUGUUCUACUGUAUGAAACUGCUGGAGGAGACGGGCAUCUGUCUGGUCCCAGGGAGUGGCUUCGGACAGAGGGAUGGAACCUACCACUUCAGGAUGACCAUCUUGCCUGCAACUGAAAAGCUGAAGAUCGUUUUAGAAAAGAUCAGGGAGUUUCAUAAGCGGUUCACAGAGGAGUUCUCAUAACCCCAAACUCCUCCCCCACCUAGACCAGUCUGCAACAGAAACCCACCCAUCCUCCUCAGAAAAUGGAUUGAAUAGCCAACAAAGGGUGCCAGUGAGUUACCAAGUGCCGUUGUGUGGCUGGAACAGUCAGCACAACACACCUCGUGUUGGAAUAUCUCCCCUCUAAUGCUCAAGAGUUGACAUUGCAAGGGAAGCACUGUUGACAAACAGAACUACUUAACAUGGUGCCUGCGAUUCUGUUUUAGCUAAUUGUUUUUAAUUGUGUCAGACAGCAUUUGCACAGCGGCUGGUGGCACCUUAAUUGGAGAGAACAGACUCAUAGUAAUGGCUGGAACAGAAUGUAUGGAAUGGUAUCAAACACAUGGUUUCCAUUAUUAUGAGCUGUUCUCCCCUCACCAGCCUCCUUUGCAAUGUGUGUGUAUUCAUGUGAUAUAUGUUUUCAGUCAUCAGCUCAUGACUUAACUUUUUUUUUCUUCAGUUAAGUGUUUACUUGUCCUGCCAAGUAUUUUACAGGUCAUACAGCAACACUGGUCCAAACUAGUCCGAAUAUCACUAAAUGGUUGGUAGAGGUGUCCUUCUAUUGCACCACAGGAGUGCAAUGGAUAUUGAGUUGAAAAGUGUGCUGGGUUGAAAAGAGUACUGUGUCCAAUGAACAGUCUCACUGUAGCUACAGUAUUUUUUUAGUGACUAAUGUUGAUUUGUAUCUAUAAUUGUAUAAAUAAAAUAAAUGUAUUUGUGUA